AUGCCAGCUGCACUUGGAAUCGUACUAGCGGCAGCCAAUGCGACCACCAAUGAACAGCUUAGUGACGGAAACGACUUACCCUUCAAUUAUGUCCCAACUGGAUGGAUUGGUAUAUUGUUCAUAGUCCUUUUUGGCGUAACUACUGCCGGCCAUCUGCUCCAGGCGCUUGUUUUUCGAACAACAUACAUGAUACCUACACUUGUGCUAUGUGGGAUUGGCGAGCUACUCGGCUGGGCUGGGAGAUAUUGGGGACAUGUGAAUCCUUAUAAUGAGGAUGCAUUCAUGAUGCAGAUCACUACUACUAUUAUAGCGCCUUCAUUUAUGACGGCAGCUAUGUUCCUUAUUCUACCGAAAAUCAUUAAUGAACUUGGAACGGGAUAUAGCCGUAUGCCUCCUCGAUUAUAUUCUAUUAUUUUUAUCACUGCCGACGUGACCGCCUUAGUGAUUCAAGCCGUCGGAGGAGCAAUGGCUUCCAUUGCUAAUACCCUUGAUGGCGCUGAGAGGGGCGGACGAAUCAUGUUGGGUGGCAUUGUCAUUCAAUUAGUUGCGGUCGUUCUCUAUACCCUUUUGGGCCUCGAAUUCUCCGUCCGGUUUGGCCUUGACCGACCUGUCCGUGCAAGCCACGUGAGCGAUCAACGCAAGCAUGCUGGAUGGAUCCAUGUCCCUCGAGGAAUUGUAUGGAUGCUCGUCGGUCUGAUCAUCGCAACCAUAUUCAUCAUUAUUCGGAGUAUAUAUCGUACUAUUGAGCUUACCGAUGGUUGGAACGGAGGAAUCAUCUCGACCGAGAAGUGGUUCAAUUGGUUCGAUGGUGCUCCAAUCGUGGUAGCCAUGUUUACGUUCAAUGUAUUCCAUCCCGGGUACUUCUUGCGCAACCUGGAGAGCGAUAACCGGCUGCCCACUUCUAAGAAUCCAUCGACCGAAGGAGUCGAGAUGGGGAAGCCGUAA